GGAAGAGUAAACGGUGGCCAGGUAUGUUGAGGCUUUAUCAGUUUCGUUGGUAGGUUUCUCUCGUUAAUCGUCAUUUAUGGAGUGUAACAAAUAGGGAUUGUAUUUUGUGAUUUAUAUCAAUGUGACUCUUGGAUAAAGAAUACCUAGAAAGUAUAUGCUUUAACAUCCAUUAUUGAUUUGACGAGAGUCAGCGAGGAAGGAUUGGAGGUGAUGCUGGUCAGGUGGUACGAUCUCUUCCCUUCCCGUUACACACUCAUCUGAUGAUGGGCAGUUGAUGGUGCGAAUGCCUUUCCUCACCGGUAAAAUGAGUUCACGGCUCUCCUCAAUGUUCUACACAGUGGAGGUCGGGGACACCAAGUUCACCAUCCUCAAGAGGUAUCAGAACCUGAAACCCAUUGGUUCCGGCGCUCAGGGCAUAGUAUGCGCUGCUUUUGACACAGUUAAGCAGCAAAAUGUUGCCAUUAAGAAACUCUCAAGACCUUUUCAAAAUGUCACUCAUGCCAAGAGAGCUUACAGAGAGUUUAAAUUAAUGAAACUAGUUAAUCAUAAAAAUAUUAUAGGGCUGCUAAAUGCAUUCACACCGCAGAAGUCAUUAGAAGAAUUUCAGGACGUUUAUCUUGUGAUGGAGCUAAUGGACGCUAACUUAUGCCAAGUCAUCCAGAUGGACCUUGAUCACGAGAGGAUGUCCUACCUCCUGUACCAGAUGCUCUGUGGUAUAAAGCAUCUCCACUCUGCAGGGAUUAUUCACAGGGACCUUAAGCCAAGUAAUAUAGUUGUGAAAUCAGAUUGCACUUUGAAAAUCCUCGACUUUGGUUUGGCUAGGACAGCUGGUACAACGUUUAUGAUGACGCCUUAUGUAGUCACGAGAUACUAUAGGGCUCCAGAGGUUAUCUUGGGAAUGGGAUACAAAGAAAACGUCGAUAUCUGGUCAGUAGGUUGCAUUAUGGGAGAGAUGAUAAGAGGAGGAGUUCUCUUCCCAGGCACAGAUCACAUUGAUCAAUGGAAUAAAAUUAUCGAACAAUUGGGUACUCCCUCAGCUGACUUCAUGCAGAGGCUCCAGCUAACUGUUCGGAAUUAUGUUGAAAAUCGACCUCGCUAUGCUGGUUAUCCUUUUGAUAGGCUUUUUCCAGAUGUUUUGUUUCCAACUGAUUCUAAUGAACAUAAUCGAUUAAAAGCUAGUCAAGCUAGAGAUCUUCUCUCCCGAAUGCUAGUAAUAGAUCCAGAGAGACGGAUAUCGGUUGAUGAUGCAUUACUUCAUCCUUAUAUUAAUGUCUGGUAUGAUGAAGGGGAAGUGAAUGCGCCAGCUCCAGGGCCAUAUGAUCAUUCAGUGGAUGAAAGGGAACAUUCAGUUGAACAGUGGAAGGAUCUGAUAUAUCAGGAAGUGAUGGAAUACGAGCAAAGUCAUAACUCUACUCCUGCUCCGCCUGAAGAGGAAGCUUCCCCCAACAGGCGGUAGGCUAAAUAUAGGAGCCUCGUAUACAACGAAACAUCUCUCUUUCAUCUUUUUUAUUUUCGCUUUUUUUAAUGAAAUGAAAUUCCCUUUUCGUUCGAGGUGCAAUUUAAGUUAUUUUGAGAAGAAAACUAGAACUAUUUUAAUUGUAAUUGACAAAAUCUUUUAUUUAUUUAAUUUUUCUUUCCUUAAGAAGUGUCAUGUACAUAAAAUUGGGAUUGGGUAAUGGGUCAAUGGAAUGGGAGAAUUAUAGCUUUCAUGUAAAAACUUUAAAAUGUUAAUCUUUUAUUUUUAUAUCCUUUAUGAAUUAUCUCGUUUCUUUUUUUCUUUUUUUUUCAUGUACAUUUAUAUUUAAGAAACAAGGUGUUGUAUCUUUUUAUAGUGUAAGGUAAAAACUUGUUUCCUGUAAUUUAUAAAUCAUAUAAACAUAGCUCAUAGCUCAGGUUGAAGUGCCAUUUGUUUUUAGUCUAUAUUUUAGAAAAAGACUUUUUUGUUUUUUUCUUGUUAUUAUUAGUUAUUAUAUUUUACCCUCUGAUGAAGGCUAUGAAAAUCCAUUUGUACAUACAUAAAAAAAAAGAUUUUAAAAAACAAAAAAAAAAGAUUUAAUAUUAUUUCAUUUUAAUAAACAAUGCUGUAAUAUUGAAUUCAUGAAGCACUAUUAAAAGUAUUUAUUUUGUAUUUUAGUGAGAUUGUAUGCAAUGAUCUCGCAGUAUUGCACUGUUUGAGUCUCUGUAGUAGCGUAGUGAUUAUAAACUAGCUAAAAAUGAUUGAAUUCCAAUAACUGUUUCUACUUAUUAAAAUAUUGGUUAAAGUUUAUUUAAAAUGUUUUUAAAUAUUUUGAUUCUGUUCAACAAAAAGAUAAAUAUAUAUAGAUAUAAACUUACUCUAAAAGUUUUUGUUUAUUUGAAAAUAUGAAAUAUAAUCCUUCCUUGACAAAGUGACUUAUUGAAGUCGAUUGUGUAAACCUAUAUCCAAUGUACCUGAUUGCCAAUUACAUUUUGAAAAUAAUCUGGAUAAUUUUCUGGCUCAUGACCUUUCUAUAUCUAUAUAUUUAAAAUAGGUUAUAAAUGUUGAAGUGAAAGCCUUGUAUUAUACGCAGUAGAUAAAUUGAAACUAUGCCUGUAGAUGUAAUCUUUAGGGUCUUUCAUCAAUGAAAAUGCCCGAUGCUGUUAUUCAUUCCAAUAUAGAUGUUGGACUGUGUUUUUCUAGAUUAAUAAAUAAUAAUUCAAUCGAAAUACGUAUUUUUAAUUUAUAUAAUGUAGUAAUGGGACACUGUUAAACUCUUAUUACAUCCUGUAUUUGAGGUCGUUAAUAGUAAUUAAUAAUUUUAGGGUGUGUCCCAUCAGUCAUCUAGUGAGCAGCCCUUAUUGCAGAAUUCUAAAAAUAUGAGCUAUCAAUUUAUCCAACUAUAGUGAUAAAAUAAUAUUGAUAAAUGUAUUGUGUACUAAAAAUUACAGAACAUUAGUGAUCAUGUUUGGCACUUCACUUUAAUGUUUUAUUCAUAUAAAAAAAAUUAUUUUUUACGAACUUUUAUAGAGAAUUAGACAAUAAAAUGGUUUAAAAUGAGUUUCAAAUCAAACAUAUUUAUGUAAAAAAUAUGUUUUUUUAUUUAUUAUUUUUUUUUUUUUUUAACAAAUAUAUUUACCGUCUUGUAUAAUUCUCUGAUUGUAAAUUCAUUUUAAGGCCACUGCCCUUAUAGGUUAAGUGAAAGGUAGCAUGCCAUGAGGUUAUCUAGCUCCUCAUUGAUGACAGGUUAUAUUCCGAUAUAUUGUCACCAAUAUUUACAUUUUAUUCCUUGAAUAUGUUAAGCUGAUUUAAUUAAAGGAAUUGAAGUAGUUAGGUAACACCGUUUUACUGCAUAGUAUUUCAAUUCUUAAUGCUUAUAUUAUUUAUCAAUAUUCCAUAUAAAUUGAAGUGAACGGAAGAUAGAACUUUUUAUUUUGAUUAUUUUUUAAAUGAUUUGAUAGAGUUAAUUUUUAAAGUACUUUCCUAUUCAUCCUGGGUAGUAAAUUACUUGCUGUUAUUGUUUGAUGAACAUCAUUAACCUGACAUUGUUGUGAAUGGCUAAUAUUUUAUUUUUCUGUAAAUAUUUUUUUAACUGUAAACUUGGCUAAAGUGGUCCGACAUUAAGAAUAUUUAGAUUGUGUACACAAUCUAUAAAGAGUAACUCUCUUGGGAUGGUUGGCUUGGAAAGUUGCUUCAAAUCUCCAAUAUUUAUGUCCAUAUUAUAAUUUUGUCGGUUUUGUUUUUAUAACCAAACCUCAUCACCAUGACUGAUCUUUUCUUAUUUUUACACAAUUUUGAAUUUAUUUCACGGUCAAAAUAAAUUAACUGAAUCUUAUACUAAUUGAUGAAUUAUUUUUAUUUAUUUUUUUAUGAAAUUAUUUUAUUUUAUUUUUAAUUUUAAAUUUUCUUUCCAUGCUUGUUUUAUUUAUCAAACAAUUUUACAAUUUAGAGCUUCAGUCUACAAUCUUAAUAAAAGUAUUUGAACCAAACAAUACUUUGCUUCAUAAAGGUUUUUAUUUAAUUUGAGGAUGUUUAAAUUAAAUAAGAAACCUUCUGUAAAACCUUGUUAUUAUAUAAGGGGUGAUAUUCUUAUAGUUUUAUAAGGUAAAAAUAUUUUAAAAAUGUGUAUAAUUUUGACAUGUUUGAAUGUAAAAGAAAAAUUGGUCUGAUUAUUAAUUCAGAUCUUGAAUUUAAUAGAAUUCCGUUCCAUAACUUAUCAACAUGUCGUGUUUAUAUCUUAAAAAUAUGUGUUGUGAGAUAAUACUAUAGGCUAAGCGAUUUGUUAGCACUUUUAUUAUAAGCAGGGUUGACUUUAUUUCUUCUCCCUUUCCAAUUUAGUUUAAUUUUAUAUUUAUAAUGUAAAAAUCUCAACCUUUUCUUAAUUAAUAUUUUUUUAAAUAUUUUAUUUUGUCUAAAUGUUGGUCUAAUUGACUAGUUUGAUUUAUUUAAUGGGUUGAAAUCACAAAAAGGUUGAGAUUUCUGGGAUUAUAUUCCCUAUAUUCCCUCCACUGUGUGGAUAUGCAAUGAGACAAAUUGAUUUUUUUUUUUUUUUUUUUUUUUUAUUUCAUUCAACUCUGUAAAUCAAAAUAUACCUCCUGUACAUAAGUAUAAAAAAAAAUGGAAAAAAAACAUGGUUGAUGCUGUAUUUUUGUGAAUAUGUAUUGCAUUAGUCUGAAAUUCGAUUUAGCUUACAAAUUUUUAGUAUGAAAGUGAUAUUCUAGUUAUACAUAAUAUAUAUAUUAUAAUAUAGAAUUUAAUUAAGCGUAACCUCUCAUGUUGUGCACUCUGGUGUAAAAUAAAAUAGCAUUAUUAAAUGAUGUACACCCUUUCAUGAGUUUGUUUCCAGCAUUUAUUUAUUAAUAAAAUUGCUGAUGUUUAUUAAAAUAGAAAUAAGUUUUUUCAGUUUUUCGAAGGUAGAAUUUUUCAAAUUAAAAAGCCUGUAACCUUAUAAGGUAGAUAUUUAUUUGUGACUGUACAAAGUAGCUAUAUUAUUAUAUUAUAACUAGAAAAUACAAUAUGUAGUAAUUAGGGCCGUGCAUUAUAAAUAAAUAAGUACAUAUAUAUAUAUACAUGUGUGUAUAUUUAUAUACAUUUACUAUAUACACACAUAUAUAAUUAUAUAAUUAGAUUGUUUAAUAACAUAUUAUAAACUUGUGAAAUAUUUUUUACCUGAUUUUGCUAGCUGUUACCAAUAUAUUGUUUAUUAUCAAAAUUAUGUUCUAAACCCGUUAAUCAUGAGAUUAAGACAGGUAUGCAAUAUGCAUUAGAUUUUAAAAAAUUGUAAUUAAUAAACCCAUGAUAUACAAUCAUUUUCUAUAA